CAUGAGAGGACGACAGGACGCGGGUGGGAAUUAAACGGAGUGGAGACUCGGUAGAGGACGACCAGGUUUGGACGCUUUGGAUUAAAAACAAAAACGGGCUUCCGAGCUGAGGGUGAUGACGUCCUGAAGGGACCUCCUUCCUGACAGACGCAGGAAAACCCGGGGCAGAUCCCCCCCACCUGCCCCCACCCUCUCGCCAAAAAGUGCCGUCACCGUGGCUCAUCCCUCGCCGCCAUAGCCUCGACUGCCCCUCUUGAGACCCGACCCGCACAGACCAGCACGCCAAUGCUAGCAAGGAACUGCCUGCUGCUGUUCCUUUGGUUUCACCUGGAGGAGGGCUCCGCCUCGUCACAUCCGCGGCCGCCCUCGUCGCCACUGGCGGGAAUGGGCAGGACGGCGGGGAGGUCGCACGCCAGGAGCUCAGCGGGCCCCGUGAGGAAUGGGCCGGCUGGGUUCCAGCGGGUCAAGCGGGGAUGGGUGUGGAACCAGUUCUUUGUGCUGGAGGAGUACAUGGGGUCUGACCCGCAGUACGUCGGCAAGCUGCACACCGACCUGGAUAAGGGCGACAGCGCGGUGAAGUACACCCUCUCGGGGGAAGGGGCCGGCUCCAUUUUCACAAUUGACCAGUUGACGGGGGACAUCCAUGCCUUAAGGAGCCUGGACCGGGAGGAGAGGCCUUACUACACGCUGCGCGCCCAGGCCGUCGACCUCAACGACGACAGGCCCCUGGAGCCGGAGUCCGAGUUUGUGAUCAAGGUGCAGGACAUCAACGACAAUGAGCCAAAGUUCCUGGAGGGACCGUAUCGGGCCACCGUCCCCGAGAUGUCACCAGUGGGGACGUACGUGACGCAGGUGACGGCCACCGACGCCGAUGACCCCACGUACGGGAACAGCGCCAGGGUGGUGUACAGCAUCCUGCAUGGACAGCCGUACUUCUCCGUCGACCCCAAAACUGGCGUGAUAAAGACGGCCUUACCCAACAUGGACAGAGAGGUGAAGGAACAGUACCAGGUCUUGAUCCAGGCCAAGGACAUGGGGGGGCAGCUGGGGGGGCUGGCCGGGACCACCACGGUCAACAUCACCCUCAGCGACGUCAACGACAACCCGCCCAGGUUCUCCAAAAGUUUUUUCCACUUGCGGGUGCCCGAGUCGUCGGCGGUGGGUUCCUCCGUGGGCAGGAUCAAAGCGCACGACUUGGACGUGGGCAAAAACGCCGAGGUGGAGUACACCAUCGUGCCGGGCGACGGCGGCGCCAUGUUUGACAUCACCACCAACGACCACAACCAGGAAGGGAUAAUCAUUCUCAAACGGCCUCUGGACUAUGAGACCAAGAAGGCGUACACCUUCAAGGUGGACGCGUCCAACGCUCAUCUCGAUCAUCGGUUCCAAACCUUCGGGGCCUUCAAAGACACGGCGACGGUGAAGAUUAACGUCCUGGAUGUGGACGAGCCCCCAGUGUUCAAUAAGCCCGCCUACGUGAUGGAUGUGUACGAGGACACGCCGGCGGGCACCAUCAUCGGAGCGGUGACGGCUCAGGACUUGGACGCCAGCAGCAGUCCAGUCAGGUACUCCAUCGACUGGAGGAGCGACCUGGACAGCUACUUUGACAUCGACCCGGUGGAGGGCACCGUCUCCACCAACGAGCUCCUGGACCGCGAGAGCGUGGCCUGGCACAACAUUUCCAUCGUGGCCACCAAGCUGAACAGUCCAGUUCUGACCAGCCGGGUGGCCGUCUCCGUGCACGUGUUGGACAUCAACGAGUUCCCCCCCGAGCUGGCCAGCCCGUACGAAAGUUUUGUGUGCGAAAACGCCAAAGUUGGACAGGUAGGUCACGGAUUAUGACUUUCUUGUGGACACUGAAUGCAACAUUUUGGACGACUGCACAAAGCAAACUCUAUAAAUCCAGGGGUGUCAAACCACGUUUUCGUCACAGUUAUGGCUAACCCGGGCCGGGGGUCGGCAACCAAAAAUGUUGAAAGAGCCAUAUUGGACCAAAAAUAAAAAAUACAAAUCUGGAGUGGUAAAGAAUUAAAAGCCUUUUUAUACAGUCAUGGUCAAACGUUUUCAUACACUUGUAAAGAACAUAAUGUCAUGGCUGUCUUGAGUUUCGAAUCAUUACUACAACUCUUUUUUUUUUGUGAUAGAGUGAUUGGAGCACAUACUUGUUGGUCACAAAAAAAAAAAAAUUAAGUUUGGUUCUUUUAUGAAUUUAUUAUGGGUCUACUGGAAAUGUGACCAAAUCUGCUGGGUCAAAAGUAUACAUACAGCAAUGUUAAUAUUUGCUUACAUGUCCAUUGGCAAGUUUCACUGCAAUAAGGCGCUUUUGGUAGCCAUCCACAAGCUUCUGGUUGAAUUUUUCACCACUCCUCUUGACAAAAUUGGUGCAGUUCAGCUAAAUUGGUUGGUUUUCUGACAUGUCAAGUCAAGUCAACUUUAUUUAUAUAGCACAUUUAUGACAACUUUUAAAUUGAACCAAAGUGCUUUACAGGUUAAAAAAAGCAUGGAGCAAAAAACUAAACAAAAAAAAACAAACAAAGAACAUAAACAAUGAAUGAGCUGAACAAGAUAGUGCAAAAGCAAUACGGUAAAAGGGGUCGAAUAAAAAGUAAAAAUUUGCUGAGUAAAAAUAAAAAUAAUAAUAAUAAAAGUGCGACAAAUUGAAAAAUAAAACUAAAGCGAAGGGGUGUGGGGGACUAGAAAUGGUGGCCUAGUGGGCGGACUCAGCUCAGGUCAAAGGCCAUCGAGAAGAGGUAGGUCUUAAGAAGGGUUUUGAAGACCCCCAGGCUCUGGGCUGACCUAAUGUGGAGGGGAAGGCUGUUCCAGAGCUUAGGGGCAGCAACGGAAAAGGCUCUGUCCCCUCUGGUCUUUAGCCUGGAUCUGGGGAACGCCAACAGCAGUUGGUCAGCUGACCUUAGGGCUCUAGAUGAGGUAUGAUGAUGCAGAAGCUCGGUCAGAUAUUGUGGGGCCAGACCAUUUAGGGAUUUAAAAACAAUUAAAAGUCAUUUAAAAUCAAUGCGGUG